AAUCUGGUAUCGUUUUGGUGGUGCGGGACUUCACCCCGAAAAUAUAGUAAAAAGUGAAUAAUUAUACUAAACUUUUUGGAAUUUUAUAGUGGUUAUCUAAUGUUGGAGAUGCGUAUGAUGUUUAUAGUGAUAACUAAUUAGUAUGUAGUAGGUAUUGACUGACAAAUUUUAAAUCUUUGGUUUCUAGGCUAAGGUUAAUUGUGUUAUUUAAUGACACAAUUGUGUAUUUCUAAUCAUGAAUAGUGAUAAACGAGCGCCUAUUAUCUUAAAAAAGAAUAAUAUAUCCCUGUUUAAGACAAAUUGUUUAGCGAGAGACUCGACGUUAUUGCAACGUAUGAAGAAGGCGAAUUCUGUUGUAGUGAAAGAAGAUGUUAUUUAUACGUCAACGCCAGGAGAUUUUUUAAAAGGGGAAUACCCCGAUUUAACCAUCAUUAACAGGUUAAAUAUAUUUACCAACUGCAGUCGCACAACUGCGAAGUAUCGGUGUGGGGCCUCUGAUAUCAUUGAACGAACAUCCGACGAAGUGACAAAAGUGAUUGGCCAAAAAAAUUACGACACCCUCUUCGCAGCGUUAUGUUCUGUCAUCAGCCAGGAGUAUAGAAUACAGGCAAUUCUUGCUUUAUUAACAGUUCAGAAGAGCAGCAAAAAUAUUUCUUGUCAAAGUGAUAAAACAAAUCCUGGCAUUAGGGUAGAGCUAUCUAAUUCUUCAUGCCAAACAGAUGAAACUUGCUUUGGUCUAAUACAAAGAUUAAAACAAAAGAAAAAAAUAAGAAAACCACAACAAACACCUUAUGUUGUACUAGAACCAAGCCAGGUAAAGAAACUUAUUAUAAAACCUGAUCACUUUGAAGAUACCCGUAGGAUAAUUGACAUAGAAGAGAAAUUACAGAAACAAAACAUUGAUAAUCCUUCGGAUGAAAAUUUAGUGCGGGAAAAUGAAUAUUUAAAGGAUAAAAAAUCAGAUUGUGGUUCAAAAAUUCCUCAGAAAAAUAGUGCAUGUGAUGAAAAAGCUACAAAUAAGGACAGUGGUCAGGUAAUUAAAACAGAAAAUGGGACUGAAACUAGUUUCCCUGAAUUACGGCAAUUUGUUGAUGAGGACAGUAAUAUAUCUGAUAUAAGUUGUGGCAACAUAUCAAUUAACAGCUUGGGCAUACCAAAUCUUGUAGAUAAUCCUAUUGAUAUAUUAGUCAACAUUGAUAAACAUACCCAGGAGUCUGUGAGUCAACAAAAAACCACACUUACUAUGCUUGAUGGUACUCAAGUGGGAAUACCCGGUAUAUGUGAAGAUUACUUUCAUAUCGCAACAGCGGAGACAUUAAAAACUUUAAGUCCAAGUGAACGAUCUAAAGUGAUGUGGUAUCAAGCAUAUAUUGAUUGGAAAUUUUGUUUAAACAGAGAUGAAGAUGGUAAUUUGCCAAUUCAUCUGGCGGUUUUAAAUAAUGACGUAGAUCUGCUGCGGCGGCACUGCGUUGUGCUGAAAAGCAGACAGGAAUCAGUGGACAUACCUGCAAAUGACAAUGUUACGGCACUCCAGAUGGCUAUAUCGCAGGACUAUGCAUCGUGCACCGCUCUACUCCUACAGUAUGGUGCAAACCCCCUGGUUACAGAUGACGACCAACGCACCGCUGUCCAUCUUGCCGCGGAAAUGAGCCCUGACCAUUUGAAAGCUAUUAUAAAAUGCUGUCAGAAUAAUGCACGAUAUAUUCUUGAGGAAAAUGAUUGUUGGAAACCAGAGUUUGAGAAUAUGACGCCUGAAGAAGUCGCAAAAUAUCUCCUUUCAAAAGUCUACUUAAUGUAUGAUAGUCAAGAUUGUGGCAACACUGCGCUCUACGAGGCCGCCGCAGCCGCCUGCAUAGACGCCGAGAAAAGUGGCAACAAAUCCAAAAUAGCUAUGAAAUAUUUGAAGACAAUAGAAACAUUAAUUAAACUAGGAGCUGAUCCAAGUAUAGAAAAUUGUUCCGGCAACUCUGUCAAUCAUUUGUUAAAUGAAAUAAGUAACAGAGAGUUGUCGAUGUUAGUAGCAAAUACAAUUGUCUCAUUGAAAUAUUCGGAUUGCGAUAGUGAUGUGAAGAAAGAUUUUAAAUCAUUCAUGUUGGUUAAAGAAAAUAGUGAUGUGAAUUUAAUAGGAUUGAAUAGUGAAAAAAUUCAAUUAGCAACAAACGAAAGUGUUAAAAUUUCACCCAUAGUAAGACAAAAGAUACCGUCUCGUAAAAUAAUACCGAUAGAUAAAAACGAUUUUAUUAAAAAAACAUCAUCCAAAAUUAAAACUCAUGUUAUAAUACCAUAUGAUAAUGCAAUUAAACGUAAAGCUGUUGACCAAGACGGUGGUACUAUAAGUGUUUUACCUGAAAUAAAAAAAAAUAAAAAAAUAAAAAAUAUAAUAAUCGUACCAGCACCGUGUGGUAGUGAUUAUGUGAAAAAUAUAAAAAAUAUAACAGCUAUAAAUAAUCUACAAUCGAAUCCAAUACAAACGAGAAAAAUCUUAAAAGUGUCAAAAAUAGAUUUAAAUAAUGCAAUUAACGCUUUAAAUGUUACAAAUGCAAAUGUUAUAGGAAAUAAUGUUAUAUCAAUAAGCAAUACAACGGUUAAAAAACCUCAAAGUACAAGUGAAUCAACUAAUACCGCUUUGCCGAUAAAAAAGCAAAAAAGAGAUAUACAAAAUGAAUAGACAUUUUUUACUUUUCAAUUUCCAUCCUCAAAAAAAAUAUAU